UUAAAAGAAGCUCAGUCGCUAAUCAACCGCGGUAGAGUAUACUUGGUACCUCGCCGCGAAUAUUGCAUCAGGUUUGUGACUUUUUUCCACGAUAAAUGCCAUACAGGCAUUUUACGAUGACGAUAGUAUAAGAAAUUUGUUUGAAACUCUUCACUGAGUGUACAACGGGGGUGUUGAUAGAAGUAUUCAUAGGAAGUACCAGCACAAGAAACAUGUCCAGUGCACUACAAAUGUCUAGUGGGCUCAGUAAGCUUAAAAAGAAACAUUUUCGUGUUAAACAUCAAAAGGUUAAGCUGUUUCGUGCAAAUGAACCUCUUCUUAGUGUUUUCAUGUGGGGUGUCAAUCACACGGGAAAAUAUGCCCUCACAUUUUAAGUUUAAAGAAUAUUGUCCGCUAGUAUUUAGAAAUUUACGGGAAAGAUUUGGUAUAGAUGAUUUGGACUAUAAGGAAUCAAUGACAAGAUGUCGGGCAUUUAAUCCUUCCUUAUCAGAGAGGCAUUGGAAUUUGACUAGGAAUGGGAAGACUCAUAAAUUGGUUCAGCAUUCUGCUACUGCUCCUUCAAUAAUUUUUCCUUCUUCUCCUGUUCUUUCACAAAUUCCAGUCCUAAGUAAACCACUACGUUCCUACAGUUUUAAACCAAAGCGGCUGAGAUCACAGCCCAUAUUAGAAGAUUCAUCUGGGAAAAGUGGUGCAAAAUUUUAUCAGUCUUAUGAUAAACUGUUCAUUAUUAAAACCCUUACAAGGGAAGAAGUAGAAAGGAUGUAUUCAUUUUUAAAACAUUAUCAUCCAUAUAUCGUGGAAAGGCACGGAAAAACUUUGUUACCUCAAUAUCUUGGCAUGUACCGUUUAACAGUAGACGGAGUUGAACACUACGUCGUUGCCAUAAGAAAUGUAUUUUCAAAUCAUUUAACUACUCAUAAAAAAUUUGAUCUAAAAGGCUCAACGGUAGAUCGUGAAGCAUCUGACAAAGAAAAGGAAAAAGAUUUGCCUACUUAUAAAGAUAAUGAUUUUGUUAAAGAGGGAACGAAAAUUUACAUUGGCGAAGAAGCAAAAGCUAAACUUAUAGAAACAUUAACCGCCGAUGUCGACUUUUUAACAAAAUUGCAUUUGAUGGAUUAUUCCUUAUUACUUGGAUUACAUGAUUGUGCACGAGCCGAGCAAGAAAAUAGAGAACGUGCUGAAAGAGAGGAAGAAGAGGAUAAUCAUGAAGAAGAAGAUGAUAGUGAGUCUGGAAGUGGACUUGAUUCCCGAGGUCCAAUGGGAGAUCGUCUAUGGGGUUGGAGCGGCGUUGCAGGUAUGGCAACGCCUCCUGAAUCACCACAUGCUGCGUUGAUACGCGAUACAAGUUUACAAUAUGAAGAUGCAAUAAUUCCUGAAUUAGAUAUUUAUGCGAUUCCUAGUAAAGAAGGUGCACCUACAAAGGAAAUUUAUUUUUUAGCCAUAAUUGAUGUGCUAACUCAUUAUGGUGUGCGUAAGCAAGCAGCAAAAGCAGCUAAAACAGUGAAGUAUGGUGCUAACGUCGAUGGUAUAUCAACCUGUGAUCCAGAACAAUAUGGCAAGCGAUUUAUAGAAUUCAUGAGCAAAGCUAUAGAAUAAGCUCGUUAUUCAUUGUUGUUAAGCUUGUAAAUUUGGACCGCUUAUUCAAAAGUCGUGAUGACACUAUCAUUUUUACGUUUAUGGUUAGUGCAUUGAACAUUUGUUCCUCGCACUUUGAUGUUUGAUCAUAAAUAUCUUUAUUUGGUAUGUACUGUUAUUUAGUCAGUACUGUCGAUUAUAUAUUUCAGUAUUCCUUAUAACAUUUACAACAAACUUAGAAGCAUAACAGAAUGUGGGUUACAAAAUUUUAGAUCUGUGGAGAAUUUUUUUCAAGGAAUGUUUAAUAAGUUUUUUAUACCAUUCCUCAGUAUUUAAUUAAAAUUUUUCCAUAAAAACAAUUGUCAAAUUUUUUAUUUAUCAGAGAUCUCGCGAAAAGUUCUAUCGUUUUUCAUAUUGGUAAAAAAACAAUUGUUAUUGUAUAGAAUGGACCAAGUUUCUUUCCACUUAUUUUUUUAAAUAAAACAUCAAAAUAUAAGAAAAAACUAAUUUUAUUAAUUUUAAAUUAAAUUCAAGUUCAAACAUGAUUUUUUAAUUAUGUUUUAAAAAUUAUUUAUUUCAAAUGUUUAUUG